AUGCGGAUUCGAAUUCACAUCGCAUAUGGUUUGAUCGCAUCGACGUAUAUUGCGACAAUCUGUUCAAUUCUUUUUGGAUGUCAUCCACUGAGCAAGAACUGGCAAAUAGAUCCCGAUCCCGGAAAUUACUGUCAACCCGCAGUAUCAAAGAUUGACAUAUAUGUGACGGUUGUUCUUAAUGUCGCGACCGAUAUCUAUCUUAUUAGCAUUCCGGCUCCAAUGCUUUUCAAAGCCCGAUUACAAUGGCGGGAGAAGCUUGAGCUUCUUGUUCUUUUCAGUGGUGGGCUGUUUGUGAUGAUGGCUGGGAUUCUACGAUGUGUUCUGAUCUUGACUGCCGGCGCCAAUGGUGCGCAACAGGCUGGCAGCUGGGCGUGCCGCGAAACGUUUGUUGCUGUGGUCAUCGGAAACGUCCCUAUGAUCUAUCCAUUGUUCCGGCGUGUUGCCCGACGUGCUGGACUAUACAUUACAUCAAGAAGCGUAUCACAGAGCUACCCUGCCUAUCCCCUCUCGGAGGGUGAUACUGGUGGUGGACGCAAACGAUUCCGCCACCCACUUAGCAUUCCAGAUACACAGUGGAAUACAAUCAGUGACGAACAAAUGAUUUUACCUACUUCACGGCAGCAACCGCCCACUUGCACCGCUGGUGAUUGUGACUGGGAAACUCACAGUCAGGGCAGCCAAAGCGGAGGUAUUAAGGUUGUUCAUGAAACAAUUGUUCAUAGUGCCGAGAAAUCUCCUCGACCAUAA